GUGAGCUGCAUGUGUGCCCCGCUCUGAGCAUGUGGGGGUCAGUCAUGUGACCUCUCCUCAGCCCCCCCUCUUCCUCCUGUACAUUUAUAUAGGGCAUGAUAUCCAGGGGGGGGACACUGUGUGACCCUCACAACCUGUGUUUCACCUCCUGGCCUGGCCCAGUACACUGACCUCAGGGUGACUCCUGCCUGUGUGAGCUCACUUUAAUGAGAGAUGGCGGACCAGGGGUUCCUCAUGGAGGUCUGUGUAGAUUCCGUGGAGUCUGCGAUCAAUGCUGAACGAGGAGGUGCUGGAAGGAUUGAGCUGUGUGCUAGUCUAUUGGAAGGAGGAAUUACGCCAACCAUCGGUCUUUUGCAGAUAGUGAAGCAGUAUGUGCAGAUUCCGGUAUUCGUGAUGGUUCGGCCGCGGGGAGGAGAUUUCCUAUACUCAGAUCGAGAGGUGGAGGUGAUGAAGGCCGACAUCCGCCUCGCCAAAAUCCAUGGCGCAGAUGGACUGGUGUUUGGAGCUCUGACAGAGGAUGGCAGAAUCGAUACAGAAUUGUGCAUGGAUUUACUUGCUGUCUCCCGUCCCCUUCCCAUCACAUUCCAUCGGGCAUUUGACAUGGUGUACGACCCUCUGUUAGCUAUGGAGACUCUGAUUUCAUUGGGGUUUGAACGGGUGCUGACCAGUGGAUGUGACAGCUCUGCACUGGAAGGCUUGCCUCUAAUAAAGAGACUAGUGGAACAGGCUAAAGGCCGAAUCAUAGUGAUGCCAGGAGGUGGUAUUACAGAGAGGAACCUGCACAGAAUCCUGGAAGGAACUGGAGUUCAGGAGUUCCACUGUUCAGCCCGCUCUACCAAGGAAUCGUUAAUGAAAUACAGGAACCACUCCGUGUCUAUGGGAGCCGCUAUCACUACCUCAGAGUAUUCUAUCAAGGUUGCCGAUGUGGCCAAAGUCAGGACAUUGAAUGCUAUGGCGAAGAACUUCCUGUGAUGUGACACGAGGUCCUCUAGAAGGGAGCUGUGAGCUUGCAUCAGCGCAGCAAGGACUUGUUCCUGCUAAACUGUGCCGGCUGGUGGAUAGGUAGAUAGAGGGCAGGCCUUGGUGUGGAUGCUGCUGCAUGUUGGGCUCUUGUACUAAUGAAUGACGGAAUGUAUGAGGAGCGUGGCUCAUUUAUCAGCAGAACUGUGAUGUUGUUCAGUGGCUAGAACAUGUCUGGGCACACAAAUACUGUAACCCUGCAGUAGGUGCAUUGUGCUGUCUUCAGCAUCAAAUCAUUUCUUCCCUCAAUGCCUUGUUCAGGAUCCACAAUUCUCAUUUCAGUCUUCAUUUUCUGCUUAUUUCCUAGCAGGGAAUACA